AACUUCUCGUACGAUGAUCUAUUCCCCUGGUUCCAGAAACGCCCCGCCCCGGACCCUGGAGAGGAGGUGAACCGCGUACAGCGUACGCCAAAGGGACUGCCGGACGGUUCCCAUUGCAAGAGGCAGCGGGAGAAGGAUGUUCCGGAACAAGAUCCUGGUGCGGGUCGCUCCCCACGACCCUCUCUCCUCCUCUCCCUUCCUCCUCCUCCCUCUCUCCAUCUCCCUCCCCUCCUCUCCUCCAUCGCCCUCCCUCUCCGUCGAGCUCGAAACCCUCUGCUGGAAGCUCUCCCGGCGAUGGCAUCUCGCUUGCCUCCCCCAAUCAUCAGAGAUCUUCAUCGUCUAUCAGAGAGCUCAAUCCGAGUCCGUCGCUCAAGUCGUUAAAGCGCUCGUCGAGGCCGUGCCCGUUUCCAGUGUUGGGGUGGAGGAAGAGGUGAGAUCAGCCUCGGUGAUUGCCAAAGCGGUCGAGUGUGGUUUGAAGUCUUUCAUGCUCGAUAACGGCUGGAGAUGUGUCGGCGACAACAUUUUUGUGGACUCGACUUUUGCUUGCAGCGAGGAGAGGAGUCAUUUGUGUGCCAUUGAUGUGCAAGUACAAUCAGAAAUAGAUGAUGAUUUUGUCUUCCUUGUUUCUCCUGAUGCAUUUAGAUUCAGCAGACACGAGAUCUCGGAUUUUGUUAGCUCCAAAAUGUUGGAAAGGUUUGACAAUGGCAAGGAAAUUGUUUUGGAGGACUACAACAUCUGCACAGCUUGCACCAUUCUUCCUUCACUGUAUGAAGGACAUGCGAUAGGAAUAAGCAAACUACUCCCUGCUGGUGAAGAUUUUGAAAGACUGGAAGAGCUUUGGUCAUUCAAGCAUGGUCUAGCAUUGUGCAGCAAUUACUUCGUUGCAAUUCAAUUUGCUUAUGGACGUCACAUGGACAAACAAUGGUUCCCAUCUGCUUUCAUCCUCCGAGGUUCAGGAUUGGCUCCAACUCCACAAACAAUUAGACAUGCAAAGGCUGCGCAAUCUUUCGAGUCCUUUAUAAAAAAAGUUGGAGCUUGGAAUUUCUUCAAUCAAGGUCUACUGAAAGUUAAGGAAGUAUAUUCACUUGGUGUUGGAAUGACACUACCUGUCUGGAACAAGGCUACAAAUAGCUUUCCGCUUUGCAUCACAAGAGAUAAAAGCAGUCCUCAUAAUGAAGACUCUUUCAAUGAAACAUAUUUCUUUUCUAAAGACCUGGUGUUAGCUUUAGACUUUCGCACUCCAAAGCCAGCCUUUGGCUAUAAUUUUGGUGGCAGAAAAUUCGAUAGUACUGAAAUUUUGGUAAAUGCUGUACCUUCGAGCAAGAAUAAUGCCAAUAAUAGUGCAGAGGGUAACCGUCAUGGUGCAAACGCGAACUCAAAUAUUGAAUCUCACUCACCUAUGAAGUUUCUGCCUGUUACAAAAAGCAUUCAUUCAGAUCUCAUAGUAGAUCAUACUCAAUUAACUUCAUUUACCAAAAAGAAAAUUGAGGAUAUUCACAGAGACAUAACUCCAAGAAUUUCAAACGAUCAAGGUCUCACUAAAGAGAAGGAUAUGUAUGGUGAAUCUUACAUGAAGGAAAAUCAGCUUGAACCUGCGGAUGGCAUCUCAAUGCAAUUGGAUAGGUUCAGUUUGCAUUCUAUUCCUUUCCAGAGUGCCAAAGGUUCAGAAAGGAAGGAAAAGGCUGAUGCUUUUCUUGAUGGCAAUUGUUUAGCAAAUCCUGGAGAAGUCCCACAGAAAGAUGCUUUGGGAAAGAGGACCCUGAACAGUGAAAAGAAGAUCAGAGAAAAUGUAGCAGUGAGCUCCAAAAGGAUGAGGGCAAAGCAAUCUAUUGACCAAUCUGACAUAACUGCAAAGGUUAUAAGUCAUCAUAAGCGAGGGGCGCUGCACUCCCUUUCCGUGGCAGAUCUCAAGUGUUUCCUGGCUACUAAAAAGGCAAAGGUAGGAGGAAAGAAAGAUGAACUUAUCCAACGAAUAACUGCCUUGCUCGCCUGAUCCAGUUCACCUUUAUCCCAUGUUCACCAAUGUUUUUUUUUGUCAUGUAUAAUAUUAUACCAGAAUUUCAAAAUUCCUUCCUAAAAUCAGUUACGGCAUUAAGCUUUAGUUAUGAUUGCACAAAUACCCGUCGUCUGUAGGUAAUGGUUUCUUAUAAAGUAAAACUAAUUAAUAACUCA